AAGCAUUUGAGAAGUGCAGGGAAAGCCAUCAGGACUGAGCCUGGUCGUAUAAGACAGCUGCUGCCAGGCAUUCCGGCCUUGGCCAACCGCCACGAACAUGUCCAGGUCAAGAUCUUGACAAGUCCGAUUUCUCCAAACACCACGAUGAGACCAUUCCCUGCAAUUGCUGUCAUCAUCGCAGGCGCCAGGCCACUCGUGCAGGCUCUGCCCCUUCCCCAAUUCGCCAUCGACCUCACGGGGUUCCCGAGCUUGCCCGACAAUGUGGCUUCACCCUCUGGCGAUAACUUCCAGCCAUCAAAGCGGCUUGACUUCGGCGAAGUCGUGGUCAAGCUUCCCAACUUUGCCGAAGGGACCGUUCCGUCCCCUGCGGAUCCCGAUGUUGCUUCCCGCAGCCCACGACUUCCCUACUGGCCCGAAGAUCCAUUCCUCGACCCCACGGCAGGCCCCAUACACUUUGAUCCACCCCCGGACCCUAUCGCAGGGCUGACUUCCGCUUCUGCCGAGUCCUCGUACUCAUCACCUGAGCCCGACUCCAAUGUGGCCUCCCGCGGCGCCUCGGCAGCAAGAGGAUUGGACGACGCCCCAUGGAACGCCUUGAACGAGGGUGAGGCCCUGCCGGCAUCGAAGCGGUUCGAUCUCGAUGUGGGUGCGGACAGAACCCUCGGCACUGUUGGCAGAAGUCCGUCGGUCCCUCCUGGUCCCGAUGUCGCUUUCCGGGGCCCACGAAUCCCCUGGCGCCCUUCCGAAGAUCCAUGCUCUGACCAUUGGGCAACCCGCAUACACAAGGAUGCACUCCUCGAGCCCUUCCCACUUCCCCAUCACCCUCCUGCCGGGUCCUCGUCCUCAUCAUCUGACCCCAGCCCGGACGUGGCUCCUCGCGACGAGCCGGAAGAUGAAAGCAUCCCGGACUGGUUGUACGAUCCCCUCGUCCACCGUGACGCAGGAGGACUGACAUCCCCAUCCAAUCCGAGAUCUGCCAAAUCCUCGCGAAAUGCCCCUGCGGGCGCGACCUUGCGCGAGGCCGCGCAAGCAGAGUCAAGGAAGAGGCUCCAGGGCGUCGACGAGCACUCGAACAUGCACAUCGACAAAGCCAGGAUGCCACAUCCAGCAGAACCCAACUCGUCUCACUCUCCUCUUGCUGACCCUGAUGUGGCUCCUCACAAUGAGCCGGAGGAAGAAGGGAACAUCCACAGCGGGGAAUAUUAUCCCGGCCUCUUCACAUAUUCUACGACGCCGUAGGCUUGGGUUUCGCCUUGCUCGGUACUAACCGACAAUCAAAGCGCCACGGGGGCGUUGACGUGUCGAUAUUCUCGAGCACAUUGAACGGCUCAGCCGGGAUGCCGCGUCCCGCACAACCUGUCUUAUCUUAUUCGUGCCUACCUGAUGCUGCCGCUUGAGCAGUGGCAGCCAGCCCAGCAAACUGAUUGACCUCGAGAUUAAGUCUGCCGGGCCAUGCUCCAUUGGAGAGCUUAAAUCAACGGCAUUUGACUUAGCUAGAUCAUUCAGAGACAAAACAUGUGGGUUGUGGAGGGGAUGGGAUAUUUUCAAGCGAUUGAUUGGGAGUGGUAAGUGAUUUAGAGACGUGCUUGUUGAUAAGACUACUUGUUGAGUCGUUGUGGUCGUUCGCUCAUAUCUGUGGAUGACAUAAAAUGAAAUAAAAUGCUCGGU